UGUAAAAGAUUUAGUGGUCAUUGAAAAUGCCAGAACUUCUAACUUAUUAGUGUCCAGAGACUAUGCUGCAGUGUGCUGACUUUAGUUAAACACGUUUAGUGCGAUAAAGGAAGCAGGAGAGCAUUUUAAUCUCAUUACUGCACUGGUGACAUGUGAACAGAGAUUUGAUGAGAUUAAGCUCAAACAAAACCCAAACUCUCUCUCUCUCUCUCUCUCUCUCUCUCUCUCAUGCAUACACACUUUAGCUGUAACAGAGUACCAGAACUUCACAUCAGAGCGCAAUUGUAUCUUCGGCAGCAUCGCUUUGUGUCUUCGUAAUGGAAGAAGCCCUUAUUUUGAGGUUAAUGCGGUUGUCCUACUUUCAGCAGCCUUGGGUUUACCAUGGGGCAGCAAUUUCCUGUUUUGGGAUCGUGAGCUCAUCGCCAGUCGUUUAAAGCAUUGAAGCACAACGCGCCACCAUUCGCAGCGAUGGCCGCAGCCGCAGUGGAGCUGAUGGGAUUCUUCUUGGGCAUCAUUGGCAUGGUCGGUAACUUGACGGCCACCCUGCUGCCCUACUGGGAAUUCUCGGCCCACAUCGGGUCCAACAUCGUCACGGCUGUGAAAAACGUGAAGGGCCUGUGGAUGGCCUGCGUCCAACAGAGCACCGGUGCCUUCCAAUGCGAGACCUACAGCACCAUCCUUGGCCUCUCCACCGACCUGCAGGUGGCCCGAGCCAUGAUGGUCAUCUCGGUGAUCUUAUCCGUCCUAGCCAUUGCCGUGUCCAGCAUUGGGAUGCAGUGCACCGUGUGCAUGGACGGCUCCGCCGCUAAAACAAAUGUAGCCGGAGCCGGAGGGUGCCUGUUUUUAACCGCCGGUCUCCUGUCGCUCAUUCCAGUUUCCUGGAGGACCAAUGAAGUCGUGCAGACUUUCUACCAGUACACCAUACAUGAGAGUCUGAAGUCCGAGAUCGGAGACUGCCUGUACGUCGGAAUCGCUUCGUCUCUGAUGUCGCUGAUAGGCGGAGGACUGCUAAGCAUGUCCUUCUGCAGUAAUCUAGAUUCACACAGAGGGUUCAGGCGCCAUGGUGUGGGUUACCCGUAUCCAGAACGCGUGGAAAAACGUGCCGCGCCCCAAGCCGCAACACACACAAUGCCUUACCAGACUACGGCUACACUGCAGAGCGCGAUCAACAUGAAUCCCACCAACAGGAACCAGACCUUGAUUAGUCAGAUCAGUAGCAGUAGUCACUCCAGUGCUGGAGUCAGAGACUCCAGGACUCCGGCACGCCAGAAAACCACAGCUAGCUAUGAUGUUACGGGAAAACAGAAGUAUUAUGGCUGACAUUUUCUCCGGUAUAUUUUUGUUCCUGCUGAGAGAACGAUUUGGGAAACAGUGGGUCGUGACUGUAAGCGAAACAAAUCAAUACCAGGUCAAUCGACCCAUGGAGCCUUGCAAAAGCGAGUGUGUAAACACCUAGAGCUAAUGUUUCACAUUAACGGUUUACUACGGCUGUAAAAGCGUACUUAAAGAUGAACUCUUGCAGGAUUUUUCAUUUUGUAUGGUUACGUAUUUGACACACGGACUGGUUUUUCUUUCUUAACUGACACCAAAAAUACACAUCAAUUAAAAAGAUUUAAAACGUUACAUGCAAAAGAAAUUAGAAACAUGUGCAGGAUUCAUGGAGCCUUAAUGGUGUUAGAGAGAGCACUGAUCGGAUGUCUGAUUUCUUUUUUUUUUUUAGUUGAAAACACAAACUUCUAUUAAAGUUAUUAUAUUUAAUAAUGAGUUGUUGCAAUUUGAAAGCUUGAAAUAUCAUUGUACACACUAAAACAACAAGUCUAAUAUUCAUCGAGUUUGAUUGGCGCAUUUAUUAAAGAAUUAAGCCAAAUGGAUCAAGUCAUCUUAAAAGUCUGGAUAACUCUUAACUCUGAGCAGCACAUCACUCCACCUGUAUGUUUGGCCUGGGUCAAUGAUUUACAGCAGGAGCAGCAUCGACUGGAAUCACCUCCAUCGAUUUUGGCGCUGUGAGAAAGUUAUGUUCCUGCACCAGAGUGCAAAGGGGUGUUCAAACAUACAGAGUAGUGUUUUAGAAAUGUGUCUAAUGCACUCCUGUCUCAAUGUAAACAAACACCUGCACCAAUAGAUAUUAAUUAGAAAAGAUAAAGUGAAUAUUUUUACUGGGAUUAGUUCAUAUUUUCACUUUGGCUGAAAUAACAGCGCUGAAGUGGUAUAAGUGAAUUUUAACACGCUGGAGUGGUUUUAAGACAAAACUUCAUCU